AUGGGUGGCUUACCUCCUCGCGGGGACUCGGUAAGAGCAAUAAAAGAUUACAGACGACAAGCCGUCACCGUUCAGAAGUGGCCUACACAAGUCAAAGCUGACAAUCAUAUCUCCUUCUCAGCAGCCGAUACUCGCGGCAUCAGCAUGCUGCAUAAUGAUCCACUCCUCAUUGAUAUUGGAAUUGGCGAAUGCCAGGUCACGAAAGUUGUCGUCGACACCGGCAGCUCAGUCGAUUUUAUCUUUCGAGAUACGCUUGACAGGAUGGGGAUCGACCUACGCGAUAUGAAGCCCUCUUCACGCACUCUGACGGGGUUUAACGGUUCCUCGGAACAGAUGAUCGAGACAAUACGCCUCCCAGUUUACGCAGGGGACGUAACCUGGACCGUUAAGUUCUCUGUUAUCCGGGCUAAGUGUGUAAAGUUUCCCGGGAAAGAAAGAACAACACAGACGAUCCGUGGAGACCGGCGAGCUGCGAGGGAGCAGCUUAUCGCCGCAAUCAAAUUACAACAGCUGGUUUCUCUCAUCAACUCAGUAGCCAAACCAAUUCAUAAGGUCUAUCCCCAGAAGGAAGAAGUUCGGGAGGUCCGCAUUGAUGAAGCCGAUCCGAAGAAAGUCAUACGCAUUGGAGCCUUCCUCUCCGACGAGAUGCAAUCACAGGUCAUCUCCUUCCUCAGAGCAAACGCUUCGACUUUCGCAUGGACAACUUCAGAUAUGAAGGGGAUAGACCCCACUGUAGCGUCCCACGAGUUGAACGUCGACCCUACGUUCAAACCUAUUCGGCAGAAAAGGCGAAAGCUCGGACCUGAGCGAUCUGAAGCUGUGAAUGAAGAAGUCGACAGACUGCUCGAGGCAUGCUUCAUUUCCGAGGUCCGGUACCCGCUUCCUCACAUCGAUCGUUUGGUAGAGUCGACAGCCGGUAACGAACUGUUAACCUUCAUGGAUGCCUUCCCAGGGUACAAUCAAAUCCUAAUGCAUCCGGACGACCGCGAGAAGACGACCUUCAUAACGGACAGGGGGACUUAUUGCUAUAAAGUCAUGCCCUUCGGCUUGAAGAACGCAGGCGCGACCUACCAACGUUUGGUUAACCGAAUGUUCGUAGGUAAACUCGGCGACACUAUGGAGGUUUACAUCGACGACAUGCUGGUCAAGUCACUCCACGCCGAAAACCACCUCGACCAUUUGAGAGACUUCUUCAGAAUGUUGAACGAGUUUGGGAUGAAACUCAACCUGGCGAAAUGCACCUUCGGAGUCACCUCAGGCGAAUUUAUGGGCUACAUUGUUACCCAACGAGGCAUCGAAGCGAACCCCAAGCAAAUAACAGCAAUCCUUGACCUCCCGAGAAGCCGAGAAGUCCAACGGUUGACAGGGAGAAUCACGGCCCUCAACAGAUUCAUCUCACGAUCAACUUAUAAGUGCCUCCCUUUCUAUGAACUCUUACGCGGAAAUAAAAGAUUCAUCUGGGAAGAAAAAUGCGAAGAAGCGUUCAAUCAAUUGAAGCACUAUCUCACGACGCCUCCGGUUCUGUCAAAGCCAGAGUCCGGCGAUACCAUGUCCUUAUAUAUCGCCGUCACUUCCUCGGCUGUCAGUAGCGUUCUCAUCCGCGAAGAUCGAGGAGAGCAGAAGCCCAUUUUCUACAUCAGCAAACGCAUGACAGAACCAGAAAUGCGGUACCCAACCUUGGAGAAAAUGGCUCUUGAUGGCUCUCACCGUCGUUACCUCGUCGAGAAAACUCAGGCCCUACUUUCAAUCACAUACGAUCGAAAUACACUCCAACCAGCCCCUCAGAACGUAUCAAACAACAAAGCCGAAUACGAGUCUCUCAUUGUGGGGCUCCGUCUCACUAAAGCAAUCAAAGCUAAUAGAAUCAGCGCAUAUUGCGACUCCCAACUCGUGGUAAGCCAAUAUCUUGGCGAUUACGACGUCAGGAAUGAUAGGAUGGAUGCUUACUUAAAGCUCGUCAAGAAUCUCACACGAGAUUUCGAGUUCUUCAAAAGCACGAAGGUUCCUCGCGGAGAAAACAUAUGCGCGGACGCCCUCGCAGCUCUUGGAAGCAAACUGCACGACCAAGUAAAGAGAACGAUCCCAAUACACAUGAUUGAGAAACCAAGCAUCAGCCAAAAAACCGAGCAGUUGACCAUCGCAGCGGCCGUCACCGACGCAAUGCAUACCGAUGAAGCAGAACCUUGCGCAACGGAAAGUCAGCUCAGCGAUUGGCGAGAGGAGUUCAUCGCUUACCUAUCUGACGGCAAAUUGCCUACUGCGAAUUGGGAGGCUAGACGUCUCAAGCGACACAGUGCACACUAUGUCGUCAAGGACGGAGACCUCCAUCGAUGGACCGCGACAAAGGUACUCCUUAAAUGCAUUUCCGGCGACGAAACAAGACUCGUCAUGGCCGAAACGCACGAAGGAGCGGCGGGCAAUCAUUCAGGAGGGUGA